AUGGCGCCCCGAAGCAUUCUGCUGUCGCAAUGGCGGGCAGCUUCCUCCAGGCUCCAACCAGCCGCGGCCGCCUCUCUGCCUGCCUUUGCCGCUCGCUACAGCUCUUCCCGCUCCUCGACCUCAGCCAUCGCCUACAAGGCAUUGCGCCGUCGUCAAGCUCCUUUGCCCACCAAUGAGGCACCCCCUGCGUGGUCGGCUCAGGCCGCAGUGUCCAACAUCCUCUACGAGACCCCCUCGCCAUCCAUGGCCCCUCCGAAGCGUCACAUCCUGAACUGUCUCGUCCAGAACGAGCCCGGUGUGCUCUCCCGUGUGUCCGGGAUUCUGGCUGCCCGCGGCUUCAACAUCGACUCCCUGGUCGUCUGCAGUACCGAAGUUGCCGACUUGUCCCGCAUGACCAUCGUCUUGACCGGCCAGGACGGCGUCGUCGAGCAGGCCCGCCGCCAGCUGGAGGACCUGGUUCCCGUCUGGGCCGUGCUCGACUACACCAGUGCCGCUCUCGUGCAGAGAGAGCUGCUCCUCGCCAAGAUCAACAUCCUGGGUCCCGAGUACUUCCAGGAGCUGUGGGCUCACCACCGCGAGAUUACCGCCGAGAUUGAGGGCGAGGGCGCCUCUGCUUCUCAGGAGGGAUCUCCUGACCAUGCUCCUUCGCUCGGCGAGACAUCCGAGGACUUCCACCCCAGCCGACUCGCGCCCAGUGAGGCCUUGCGAUUGAAGCACGAGCAUCUGAAGAGCAUCACCUACUUUGCGCACCAGUUUGGAGGCAAGGUACUGGACAUCAGCAACAGCAGCUGCAUUGUCGAGAUCUCUGCGAAGCCAAACCGAAUCGACUCGUUCCUGAAGCUGAUCGGCCCAUUCGGCAUUCUCGAGUCUGCUCGGACUGGAUUGAUGGCUAUGCCACGGUCACCUCUCUAUGGACCCAAGGAUGAGAACAGCAUCAAGGAGGCUGAUGACGUUGUUGACGCCAGCCAGCUGCCCCCUGGAUAA